CCAUCAUCUCAUCCCAACUCCAUCUUCCAUUCAAUUUAUACCAUCACAUCCUCUUUGUCGUAAGUCUGUCUGCCUUAAUCUUGCGCUGCACUACGCUGCACAUUGUUGCCCAUCUUCUCUCCAAUCUACCCAUCCUUCAUCCUAAGAGGCGACCUCCCUUGCUUACACGCACGCGUUCAGACGUACGGCUUGUCAGCGACAACAUCUUUCUGACGUCCUAUUUCUGUUUCCUUCACCUCUUCCAGCAGACGCACAAUUGUAUUACAUCAUGGACGAUUUUUCUUUUGACGCACCCUCCUCCAAAAAGACUGACUUUGGGUCGGAUGACCCGACGGCGGACUUCCUCGCUCGCGAGCAAGCCGUGUUGGGAGGCGACGCUGACUUCCUCGCUGGUCUUUCAUCAGGAUCUGGCGUAGCCUCUCCUUCCAAUAAUAUCGACGGUGACUUCGAAUCCAACUUCCCAAGCUUCGCAGAGCACGAGGCAUCGCUCACCAGCCCUCCUGUUAGUGGAAAGGCAGUCGACCCCUCGGCACCCUCAGUCUCUGUCGCUGCCGAUGACGACGAGUUCGGCGCGUUCCAUACCGAUUUUCCUGCGAUCGAGACUACGGACUCAGUCCCUGUCAGUCAGACCUUUGCAGCCAGUAUUCCUAUUCAAGCGACGGGCGUCAGCAGCGGGUUCCAAAGCCCUAGCCCAUCGAUGACGCGCGUGCCUCAGUUCAAGCCCCCAGAGGUCCCCGAAGUCGUCAGGGAGUGGCGUGAGAAGCAGGCAGCAAUUGUUGCAGAGAAGGACGAGAGAUCAGAGGCAAAGCAACAGGAGACCAUUGGAGCUGCACACGAAGCAAUUGACCGUUUCUACGAAGACUAUAAUCAAAAAAAGGCCAAGUCGAUCACAGAGAACAGAGACAAGGAAGCUGAAUUUUUGGCCAAGAGGGACGACGUGUCUUCAGGAACUCAAUGGGAGCGCAUCAACCGUCACUUGGACAGCAGCCCUGCUGCUGUCGCCGCAGCACUGAAGGCUGGUCGUCGCGACACCAGCAGGAUGAGGGAGCUCUUGAGAGAUCUUGAGAAGGAUCCCAAUGCCCCUGGAAAAUAAGCAGGAAACACGAAUGAGCAGGAUCCAAUAUCACGUUUACACCUAUUUUGGACCGCGUCAAUUCCACAGCUGCUUUGAUACACAAUGUCUCAUAAAUAAAGCACCUAACAAUCGUGGACGAGGCUAUGGAUCGUAAUGAGUGACCAAGGCGAUAUUAUGAAUAAAGUCUGUCGUCACCAUCGACAACCUGCUGAGUCAUAGGGAUGUAGGCGGGUAUCGUAUUUGCUCGCAUCUCCUAAUCUCUGGCCCACGUGUAAAGCGUUCUUCCUUCUAGGAUUAGGACUAUGUCC